GCCGCACACAGCACUUGAAUAGAGUUGGACAGACAGACAGACAUGCAGACAGACAGACAGACAGACAGACAGACAGACAGACAGACAGACAGACAGACAGACAGACAGACAGACAGACAGACAGACAGACAGACAGACAGACAGACAGAAAGAUAAAGAGUUUAUAUUAAGCUGACUUAUUCCUCCACUUGCACUCCAUAUCACCCGUCUGUGACACGUGCACACGUACAAGGGAUGCCUACAAUAGUAUGUAAGAUUAUCUGUAAACACACACACACACACACAAAUGCAUAAAUAUGUACUACAACCUGCAAACACGCACACAAAAAACAAAAAAAAAAAACCCGAACUCACAAAGUUAUUCUUCCACAAAUGUCCAUAAAUUAUGUUAAUUAUAUAUAAUAAUUUCUAGUUGUACAGGAUGUCGUAAUUAAUCAUCCAGCAACCAGAUCGCUUUACGGAUGCAGCAUGCUGCGCCCCCUGAGUUGAGUGGUUCAGUCCGUCUACAUCAUAGGUUGAUGUGUGAGGAAGGUGCGAGAGUUGCCGGUGGUUCAUCACAGCCUCUACAGACUCAUUAUCUCUACGAGACCAGACCUCAUUAGUGAAAUGACAGGACUGACUGCACUGAGUGUCGUCUGCUUCCUGCUGCUUCUGGUCCACACCACGUCUGUUGAAGGAAGUUGUUACAUCGAUAAUUCCAUCGUCGAUGAGAAGACUCAUAGGAUCCACUGCAUCGCGACCGAUGGCACGAGGAUCGAGGAGAAUGAGUCGCUCGUCACCUCCGACUGUUUCAAGUGCACCUGCCGGGGUCUAAGAUUGAACUGCUGUGGUGUUGGAAUUGCAGCAGGACAUGUCAUGCCGCCAGAGGGUUUUAAAAUACAAAGGGUGCCUCCCUGUGGCUACACCUUCGUGCCGGUCUCGCAUUGAAGACCUCCUGACGUACAGGGACACAACUCUUCUUCCUGUAAUAGUUUCCACGCCUUACGUCCCUUGCAGGAAGCAGGGCCAAUGCUAAGUGUCCAUCACAGGAACAUCAGCACAUUCCCUCAACAAAGAACUAUUUAUAGCGUCUGACUGACAAACAGUAGAUGCACUAGGUGUUUCUUUGACCACGUGACCAUGACCGUUAUUGUAAUCACGUGGACUGAAAUAUUCAAAUAAAAAGCUGCCGCUGUUGUGCGUUUAUUUGGAGUUAAAUAAAUGACGGUUUGCUGAAACACAACCGGGGAAAUAAUGUAAUUGAGUCGCAGACAGAAAUGACACAGAGUUGGGCAGGCUAAGUCGUGAAAUAACUAGUUUCUUUUACUUUUACUUAACAAAAUAUUUCUUUUUCUUUUAUCGGGUAUUUUUAAGUAUUUCUUUUAAAGUUAUCUUUAUAAUUCAAAUUUAGAGAGAACCUCCAAGUGAUAGAUAUAAUUGUUUUAUCAAAAAUUAAAAGAACUCGCUAAAA